AGAUCAUGGCGACAUCCAGAAGCUUUCUCGCAAUUUGGCUGAUUUGCCUAAUAGGAAUUGCUGCUCCCUGCCAAUACGGUGGACACACAUACCAAGAAGGCGAACUUGUACCAUCCGAAGACCCAUGCCUCUUUUGCUGGUGCACCCACGGCAAGAUACUGUGUGGCUGGAUGGAAUGCAUGCACUGCGAAGGCUACACACCACCAGGCCAGUGUUGCCCAAUCUGCGGAUCACUUGAGGAAGUGUAAAACAUCUACAUGUGAAAAGCUAAAUAAAACGAAUACUAUGUUAGUGAUAUUGACGUUUCUUUUGAUUUAACAAUACAUAUAAAUAUAUGUAACGUAUAUAUCGUAUAUCCAAACUUAAAUGAUUUUGUUAUACUGCAAUGGCAUUUAAUGAAGAUCUAUUUAUAAAGGAAGGGAUCAGCAUAACAUGUAUAUAACUAUUUGCCGUUGUACGUAAAAACUGUUUGCGAUAUUCUGUCAGUCGUUUUUAACAAGAGCUGCUUAUAAAACUGUAACUCACCACUCCUCAAUUUAAGAAACAAUGUUUCAAUAACAUGCAAAUGGAGGUAAAACUAGAAUGCAAAAACUAAUAGCAUCGCGGGCAGUCUAUGCACAUUUUUGACCUUGAAGAAUAGAAAC